AUGAAGUUCUCUGGUAUUGCCUCUUCCGUCGCCGUCCUGGCCGCCGUCGCCAGCGCGACCCCCACCCCCGCCUCGUGGACCCCCAAGUCCGCCGCGCUCGAGGCCGAGGGUGCCGCCAUUAUCGUUGUCGACGGCGCCAUCUCCGGCAGCGCCCGCAUCCGCCUCGCCUCCGACAAGACCGUCAUUGGUCUCCCCGGCUCGUCCGUCACCGGCAUUGGCCACUACAUCAACAAGCAGUCCAACGUGAUCCUGAGGAACCUCAAGAUCUCCAAGGUCGUCGCCGCCAACGGUGACGCCAUUGGCAUCCAGGAGUCCACCAACGUCUGGGUCGACCACUGCGACCUCUCGUCCGACCUCGACAGCGGCAAGGACUUCUACGACGGUCUGCUUGACAUCACUCGUGCCUCGGACUUCAUCACCGUGUCCAACACCUACCUGCACGACCACCACAAGGCCUCGCUCAUCGGCCACAGCGAUAACAACGCUGCGCAGGACACUGGCAAGUUCCACGUCUCCUACAUCAACAACCACUGGGAGAACACGGGCUCGCGCAACCCCUCGGUCCGCUUCGGCACCGCCGUCCACAUUGUCAACAACCUCUACGAGAACGUUGGCCUCACCGGUGUUAACGCCCGCAUGGGCGCUCAGAUCCUCGUCGAGUCGACCUCGUUCGUCAACUCGGCCAACCCCAUCGUCUCGCGCGACUCGGACGAGACGGGCUUCGUCGUCGUCAAGGACGUCAUCGGCGCCGACGACAACGCCGUCCCCGAGGGCACCCUGACCUCGGUCCCCUACGCCUACACCGCCCUCGGCUCCGCCAACGUCGGCUCCGUCGCCCAGACCGCCGGCCAGAAGCUCACCUUUGACGGCUCCUCCGCUCCCGCUCCCGCCCCUGCCCCCGAGACCCCCGUCGAGUCUGCCCCUGCUACCCCCACCGCGCCCGUCGAGGAGACCCCCGAGGCCCCCGUCGAGUCCGCCCCUGCUACUCCCACCGCGCCCGUCGAGGAGACCCCCGAGGAGCCCGCCACGCCCGUCGAGUCCGCUCCCGCCACCGAGCCCUCCGCCCCCGUCGCUGACGACGAGGAGGUCGAGGAGGUGUGCACCCGCCGCCGCGUCAAGAAGAGCCUCCGCCUCCGCCGCAAGGCUCUCCGCGCCUAA